AUGAACGAAGGAAGUAAGAAGCUGUCGCACAGUAUGUUAUGCCAACAACUCGGCUAUACAACUAAGGACCUGGUCUAUAUGGCUCACCUCCUGGUGCCGUUUGGUGGACUCCGAGACAUCAAGCUCGAGCCAGGUGAAACAGUGGUCAUUUGCCCUGCUACAGGUGGAUUUAGCGGCGCUGGCGUUCAGAUCGCUGCCGCAAUGGGGUGCAAGGUAAUUGCCAUGGGCCGAGACGAGAAGGAACUGGCAAGGCUCAAGGAGUUCGAGGAAAACAGACUUCCAUCGGCAGCAGUUGAGGCUGUGAAGAUUACACAUGAUGAAAAGAAAGACACUGCGCAUUGUUGUAGAUACAUUGCUGAAAGAGCUGGGUGGCGAUGGCCAUACUGGGUGUCUCUAUAUGCAGCUGGAGUGGUCACCGUAGGAAAUAUUUUGCUUAAUACCGAGACGAAUUCGAUCAUCUUGAUGCGGCGGAAAGCCGUACGACUACGCAAGGAGCUGAAUCGACCAGAGCUACAAUUCGUUUUUAACAGCAAAGAUGAAAUAGAUAUGUCGAUGACUACAGUUCUUAGCCGCGGAAUAGUGAGACCCGUGAGAAUGCUGUUCGGAACUCCGAUUUUGCUGCUCCUUGCUACGUAUAUGUCCUUUGUAUUUGGCUUGCUAUAUCUGCUUUUCACGACCCUGACUUCUCUUUAUAUUUCGACAUACCACUAG